AUGUGUUCUGCCUCGUACAACCUCACAGAAAUUCAACGCCGAAUCGAUGAAGUUCAGCGGUUUCUGUCCAUAACCCUGAGCAUCGCCAAUGCUCACACUGUGGAGUUUUACACUCACGACGCGUGGAACCGCUUCAUGGCCGUGCCACCUCAGGAGGUCCUGUCAACCGUCGGUUCACGCAAUGACCAGCAGAGGGAGCCAGAGCAUAAAGCGAACGAAUCAGAGCAAACCGGGACUACAUUUGGGUUUUGCAAUGAUACGAACCGGCUGGUCGACACCCGAGAAUUGUUGCAGGCGGCCGAAGCCCACUCUCUGCCCGGCCUCGGAGUCUGCAUGAGCCGCGAUGAGCUACUGCAGAGCCUCCGAGGGGACAGGUGUGAGUCUUCUGCUCCAGUGGCAUCUACAGAUGCUGAGCUGGUGCCGGACGAGUUUAUGAACUCAAAGAAAUCUCACGAGGUCAAAUCCAUGUCUGAGGUGGUGGCCUCUCUGGCCCAGUGCUGUGGAGUCAAACAGGUGAUAGACGUCGGCUCAGGGAAAGGCUACCUGAGCUCCUUUCUGUCCCUGCAGUACAGCCUCCGGGUCUACGGCAUCGACUCCUCCAGCACCAACACCCACGGAGCCCAGGAGAGGAACCGCAAGCUGAAAAAGUUCUCCAGGGCGUACCAGAAAUGCAACAAGGCCGCCAGGGCGCAGGGCGAGGCCGCCGCGCCGUCACCUCGGAAGGCGCCAGUAGACGCGGAGCCGGGACCCGACGGAGACGGCGGUGCAGUGUGCGGCGACGGCGAACCGGGCCUCCCGCCGGACGCCGAGCCGUCGGACGGGAGGCGCCCAGAGUGGGCCGCAGGGUCGGAGGAGGAGCUCUUCCUUGGCGCCCUGUCGGCGGAUGUGAUGCGGCCCCCGCCCCGCAGGGCGCCGCCCGGCGGCCUGAGCGACGAGGAGAGGCAGAGGAGGAAGAGGGAGAACCUGGAGAGGAAAGCCCAGAACGGAGCGGCCGGCGUCGCGUUUUCACCCCUCACGUCGUACGUCACCGCCGAAACGGAGCUGCGAGAGCUCAUCGACGAGCUGGAGGAUGCGGUCGUGGUCGGCCUGCACACGUGCGGCGACCUGGCUCCCAGCACCCUGAGGAUGUUUGUGGCCAAGCCGGAGCUGGCGGCGGUCUGCAGCGUGGGCUGCUGCUAUCACCUGCUGACGGAGGAGUUUGACCCGGCCCGACAGGAGGGCGCGAGCGGCCCGCGUGGUUUCCCCCUGAGUCGGUACCUGCGCGACCGGUCCUGGUUCUGCGGCCGGAACGCCAGGAUGUCGGCCUGUCUGGCACUGGAGAGAGUCUCGCACGGCCAAGGGAUUCAGAUGGAGUCUCUGUUCUACCGAGCCGUGCUCCACGUCAUUCUGAGGGAUCACUACGACUGCUUCAGAAGUGAAAAGCGAGUGGGGAACGUCUACUCCAAGUGCGAGUCGUUUGUGGACUACGUCCGCCGAGCUCUACGCAGGCUGGAACUGGACGAGUCAAAGCUUUCCGACGGUGAGAUCCAGGGUUACCACCACACCUACAGGCCGCGAAUGGGCGAAAUGCAGGCCUUCAACAUGUUGAAGGUGACCCUGGCUCCCUGCAUCGAAGGUCUGAUUCUCCUUGAUCGCCUCUGCUACCUGAAGGAACAGGCGGAUUUGUCAUUUACUGCACUGGUGCAACUCUUCGACCCGCUGCUGUCGCCGAGAUGCUACGCCGUCGUCGGGCUGAAGAGGAUUUCACCUUAAUUGACCCGCAUGGUUAUGUAUAAUAGGCUUCUUCAGACUUCAUGAUUAUGCAUGAUUGCAUCAGCAAUCCCACGUGGCUGAUUGUGCUUUGUGUUGUUUUGAUUGUGUGAUUUAAUCAAUGUUAUCAUUUAUUCUCGCGCCUCUGUAUCACUUUCAGGAACAUCUUUUAAAAAAAAUAUUUUGUAUUCCUUAGGUUUUUCUUUUUUUACAGAACAAUAAAUCUCCUGAAUGCUUUUA